AUGUUCGGACCACUGCAGGUACAUGGGGCAGAGAGGGGCCCAGCCGUGGGCGAGACUCUCAUAGAACCCCAACAAAAGCACCAGUCCAGAGCCAGAGUCCAUAGAAGGCAAAGGAACAGGACCCCCGUGGCUCACCUCCCCAUCAGACCACCAAGCACAAACGGCCAGAGAGAGGUCCAUGCCACUAUAGUCCACUGGAAUGCGGAUCAAGGUCACCUUUCCCAGCUGGGGUACCAUGAUGGGCGGAUCCUGUUCCAAAAACCAGGUCUGUAUUACAUAUAUUCCAAAACCUGCUUUCGGUACUACCAGUACUUCGGUGAGCCAGAACUGAGCCGUGAGUCAUCCAACCUGGGUCAUCACAUGCUACCCACCCUCAGCCCGGUCCAGUUGAUGCAGUACAUAUUCCUGGAACGACCCAAUCGGGGUUCCCCCCCCAGACCAACUACGGUCAUGAAGACUGGCAGCACCCACCAGUGGAGUCCAAGUGGAUAUCACAUGUCCUGCCAGCAGCAGGGUGGUGCUGUGGCACUGAGAGCUGGAGACGGCCUCUACGUCAGCGUCUCCAAUGCUUGGAUGCUGGACCCUGAGGCCGAGGGGAGUUACUUUGGGACAUUCAGGAUAGGGGAGUAAGGUGUGUAUUUGGGGAGGGGGAGUCUGGACUAUAAAGAAAGUGUGCUUCUGGACAUGUGUUUUUCCUUGUGAGGUGAAUUAUUCGAAUCUGAUUGCAUAAUGACUGAGAAUGGAAAAGAGAGACUGUGUGGAUUAACUGUGUGUGUGUGUGCAUGUGUGGUCCUUAAAUGGGUUUUUGUAAUGGAGUCUUGUUUCACGUCACUGCCUAUAGUCAUAGUGGAACUUUUCUUAAGAUCCCAAGGGAAAGAAGGCUUUGUACAACUAAAACACAGACCAAACAUGCAGGAGACACAGGAAGACAGCUGGCUUGUCUGCUUGGUCCACUGAGUGUGAAAGAAUGAGGUUUCUUUUUCACUGCUUUUUAUGAUGCUGAACAUGUUACCAGUCUGUUAAAAGGUUUUUGUAGAAUGUAUGUGCAGUACAUAAAAGUAAUUAACCUACUUAUAAUUAGCAUUUGGUCUUAAUUUAUUUAGAAACUAGACACAAAUUAGUAUAAGAUGUGCUUUGUUCUCUUAAUUGUAAACAUCUGUAUUCAGGGCUGAAAACAAAGAAAGAUUCUCCUCAGGGAGUCCAUUAUAACCAGGAAUGGACACAACAUAAAUAUAAGCCUUGAACUAAACAUUUAGCAUUAAACGUAACUCUUUGACAUCUUUAAACAAUCCCCAGUGUUGAUGUACCGUUCAACACAACCUGUUUCCCAGAUUACAUACAGAGAACUGUUUUUCUUAAAGAGGUGGCCAUGUCAGCAAAUCUGUGAGUUGUGUGCCGUAAACCAUGAGGAAGCUCACGGGGGUUGGUUUUUACAGGACAACUGCAGUCAGCAAAAAGCAAUAAAUCUGACGGAGAUUUAUUAGGUAUGUUUGGAUUCAAUUACACAUUCGUCAUUGCUGAGAGAGAGAGAGAGAACAUUAAUGCUGACUGCUGAAAUCCCCACAUUAAAAAAAGUUAAAUCAUU